AUUGCACAGGGGCGAGUGGGAGGAAAGGAAGGAUAGACGUCCACACACAAAAGCGCCCACCAGCACCCCUCCCCGGGACCUGGGUUGCUUUGGUCUAUUGGAGCAAGAGUCAGACUCUUGUCCUGUUGAAGCUUCUAGUCCUCAAGCUGACUUUGUGCUGUAAGAAAAAGGAGCCAGGGAGUCCUGUCUGAGGAGAACAUGUUGCAUGCGAAAGUGAAAAUAGAGAAGCCAGAUCUAGAGACGGCCAAUGCGCGGAACCGUCUCGAUACCGUGCUGCAAUGUCUGCUGGAGAAGAGCGAUGUCGAUCGGGAGCAGAUGGAAGAUGACUCCGGAAAGACAACAUCAGAUGCACUCAACAAGGACUCAUCACCUACAGCCCCAGGGAAGAGGCCCUCGGCCAGAUUCUCCCAUCACCGCCGAAAGAAGAGGAAGGAGACAGACGAUGGUCUUGCCGAGGGUGGACAGCAGAAGCAAAAUACGUACGUCAUCAAGCUGUUUGACCGGAGCGUGGACCUCGCACAGUUCUCUGAGAGCACCCCGUUGUACCCCAUCUGUCGGGCCUGGAUGCGCAACAGUCCCAUGGUGCGGGAGCAGGAGCGGUCUCCCAGCCCGACACUGCCCCCCCUGCCGGAGGACGAAGAGGGGGUUGAGGGAGUGAACGGGAAGGGUCAGGACGUCUACAAGCUGCCACCUGCGACCCCCUGCCAAACAAACGCCUCAGGGGAUCCUGUGAACCUGCGUAUCCCUUCCCCGCUGGAGCCCGAGGAAGACUCAAAGGGAGCUGUCGACAUGGCUCCCAACCCGGUGCCGUCCAUGUCCUCCCUCAUCUACAAGAACAUGGAACGGUGGAAGAAGAUUCGACAGAGGUGGAAAGAGGCCUCGCACAAGAACCAGCUGCGCUAUGCAGAGAGCAUGAAGAUCUUGAAGGAGAUGUUUGAGCGGCAGUGAAGGCGGGUGUGUUUGGUUCACACCUGAAUUCCCUUCAUCCUAUGAGCCCCGUGUUCUACCGGAAUCCCUCACUUUCUGGGUUAUUGGGUGUUGAGUAUCAAUAAA